ACGGAGUGUGCUGCCUUUCUCCUGCCAUGGUGUACAUUUCAUCCUGGCAGGAAUUUCAGGAAGCAGCGGAGGCCCUCUAUGAAAAAUCCCCUAACACGACACGCUAUUGCGUGAAAUGGAGGUCGUCAGAGGGCAAACUAGUCCUCAAAAUCACAGAUAACACGACAUGUCUGAAGUUCAAGACUCAUUCAUCAGUGUUCUUGAACCGCUUCGAGGCUCUGAACCUCUCGCUGAUGCAGAAGAUGCAAAAUAGACGACCAACGGCACCGACUCACGCACCAGAGGCGAGUGCAGACCACCCUGUUCAGGCGAGCACGGCACCGCAGGCACCCGUCGCAACGCCUAGCGGUGGGGUGAAGAAGAAGAAGCCGAAGAAGAAAAAGUAGUUCUUGUCAUAUGUGCUAUAUUACUAGAUGGAUUGUGUAUUAUACUUUGCUUUACGUCUUACUGAUGCACUUCUGUGCACCCC